AUGAAGAGUAAGAAACAGAGGAAAGAGUUCCGGUGGAAAGUAGAGCGUUUGGGAGAAGAGGGGACACGGGAUGAAUUCCAAAAGGGACUGGCUGGACACUACAAGAGACUUGGAGUGCCCUCGGAGAAUGAAGCUUUUGACCAAGCGUUUAAGAAGGAGGUGGACGCAUGGGCCCAAAAAGAAGAAGAGACAUCGAAGGCAGACGUUGGGAACGUAGAACUAGAAAAGGAGUUCACUGAGGACGAGGUUGAGGCGUGUGUGAACAAGCUGAAGUGCCACAAAGCAGCAGGAGCGGAUGGGAUAGUCAACGAGUUCAUGAAGUUUGGGGGGAAGGGGAUGAUCCAGCUGAUGGGGAUCACACUGUUGAACACAGUAGGAGUAGUGUUCUGUAAGCAGCUGAACGAUAGGAUAGUGGGAGUAUUGGAGAAGGAACAUAGCAUUAGUGAGGGCCAGACAGGUUUCCGAAAGAAGAGGGGGUGCGUAGACCACGUAUUCACGGUAGGGAGAAUCAUCCAAGGUAGAAAGAGGGCGGGAAAGCCGACGUACUGCUUCUUCCUGGACGUGAAAAAGGCAUACGACACCGUAUGGAGAAAUGGGUUGUGGAAACAACUGUCCAAAUACGGGAUAAAGGGGAAAAUGUGGAGAGUGCUGAAGAAGAUGACAGAGUGCACGAAAAGCGCGGUCAUGCUAGACGGAGAACUGUCAAAAUUCUUCGACAUUGAGCAGGGGGUCCCACAAGGUUGCACGCUGUCCCCAACAUUGUUCCAGGUGUUCAUCAACGAUCUGUUGGAAGUUGUAGACGCAGUCCGGAAGGGAGUAAGAGUAGGGGACACGGCAACUUCAGUGUCAGGAAUGCUGUUUGCGGAUGAUUUUGUCGGUAUGUCGGACACCCCUGAGGGACUGCAACUGCAAAUUGACGCGGCCAAGAAGUAUACUGAUAAGUGGAGCUUGUCUGCCAACGUUACGACGAGUGCCAUCAUGGUAUGCAACGGGAACAAGGAGGAACCAGUAGAACAUAGAUGGAAGUGGGGGAUCGAGGAGAUUGCAAUAGUGGACCAGUACAUAUACCUCGGAGUAGAUAUCGCAAAACACUGCUCGUGGAAUGCACACAUGUCCAAGGUAGCGGAAAAGGGCAAAGCACGAGCAGGGAAGCUGCACCCAAUACUCGCAAACCGGCACCUCGAUACACGCAUCAAAUUGACGGUUUUGAAGAGCGUUAUCGUACCGCCGCUUGAGUACGCCGGAGAAGUAUCGAAAGGAAAUAAGAAGGUAGUGAAAAACCUCGAGGCGGCGCAGAUGAAAGCAGCGAAAAUCAUCCUAGGAUGCUCCAGGCGCACAAGUAAUGCAGCCGUGAGGGCAGAAUUGGGGAUCCAAUCCCUACGGUCGGGAAGAGACGCGAGGAAGCUGACCUGGCAGUAUCGCAUGUGCGGGAUGGGAGAGGAGAGGUUGCCGAGAAUUGUAUGGGAGGCGAAGUGGGCAAACAAAAAGAGGGGAACAAAGCUCAAGGUCAAAUUCAGGACCGGGGACAUGGGCCUUCGAGAAUGUCGACGAAGUUAUAGGACGAUAGACGACGAAGACGACGAGUUCAAAUGUGAUUGCGGCUUCGAAUGCGAAGACCGUGUUCAUGUAGUCGCGGAAUGUCCGUUGUACAAGAAGGAGAGGGAAGUGUACGUGACUGAGCUGGGAAAAAUAGAUGGAACGUACAGGGAGAUGUUUGAGGCAUGGAAUAGAGAGGAAAGGACGGUAGCUGUCCUGGGACAUAGGAGGUGA